CUUUCGAUUGCAUCAGCUGGUCCGGUGGAGGCGAAGUCCCGGGCACUAGCCCACCUCCCACCCGUGUCUUUGCUCCUCUAGGCCGUGGGUUUCGGGUUCUCUCAUCGCUUCGUCGUUCGCCAAUGUUUGAGGAGAAGGCCAGUAGUCCUUCAGGAAAGAUGGGAGGCGAGGAGAAGCCGGUUGGUGCUGGUGAAGAGAAGCGAAAGGAAGGAGGCAAAAAGAAGAACAAAGAAGGAUCUGGAGAUGGAGGUCGAGCUGAGUUGAAUCCUUGGCCUGAAUAUAUUUACACACGUCUUGAGAUGUAUAAUAUACUAAAAGCAGAACACGAUUCCAUUCUGGCAGAAAAGGCAGAAAAAGAUAGCAAGCCAAUUAAAGUCACUUUGCCUGAUGGUAAACAGGUUGAUGCGGAAUCUUGGAAAACUACACCAUAUCUAAUUGCCUGUGGAAUUAGACCGAGUCUCGCUCUGUCGCCCAGGCUGGAGUGCAGUGGCAUGAUCUCCACUGAAUGCAAGCUCCGCUUCCUGGAUUCACGCCAUUCUCCUGCCUCAGCCUCUCAAGGCCUGGCCGACAACACUGUUAUUGCUAAAGUAAAUAAUGUUGUGUGGGACCUGGACCGCCCUCUGGAAGAAGAUAGCACCUUGGAGCUUCUCAAGUUUGAGGAUGAGGAAGCUCAGGCAGUGUAUUGGCACUCUAGUGCUCACAUAAUGGGCGAAGCCAUGGAAAGGGUCUAUGGUGGAUGUUUAUGCUACGGUCCGCCAAUAGAAAACGGAUUCUAUUAUGACAUGUACCUCGAAGAAGGGGGUGUGUCUAGCAAUGAUUUCUCUUCUCUGGAGGCUUUAUGUAAGAAAAUCAUUAAAGAAAAACAAGCUUUUGAAAGACUGGAAGUUAAGAAAGAAACUUUACUGGCAAUGUUUAAGUACAACAAGUUCAAAUGUCGGAUAUUGAAUGAAAAGGUGAAUACUCCAACUACCACAGUCUAUAGGUGUGGCCCUUUGAUAGAUCUCUGCCGGGGUCCUCAUGUUAGACACACGGGCAAAAUUAAGGCUUUAAAAAUACACAAAAAUUCCUCCACCUACUGGGAAGGCAAAGCAGAUAUGGAGACUCUCCAGAGAGUUUAUGGCAUUUCAUUCCCAGAUCCUAAAAUGUUGAAAGAGUGGGAGAAGUUCCAAGAGGAAGCUAAAAACCGAGAUCAUAGGAAAAUUGGCAGGGACCAAGAACUAUAUUUCUUUCAUGAACUCAGCCCUGGAAGUUGCUUUUUUCUGCCAAAAGGAGCCUACAUUUAUAAUGCACUUAUUGAAUUCAUUAGGAGUGAAUAUAGGAAAAGAGGAUUCCAGGAGGUGGUCACCCCAAACAUCUUCAACAGCCGACUCUGGAUGACCUCAGGCCACUGGCAGCACUACAGCGAUAACAUGUUCUCCUUUGAGGUGGAGAAGGAGCUGUUUGCUCUGAAACCCAUGAACUGCCCAGGACACUGCCUUAUGUUUGAUCAUCGGCCAAGGUCCUGGCGAGAACUGCCUCUGCGGCUAGCUGAUUUUGGGGUACUUCAUAGGAACGAGCUGUCUGGAGCACUCACAGGACUCACCCGGGUACGAAGAUUCCAACAGGAUGAUGCUCACAUAUUCUGUGCCAUGGAGCAGAUUGAAGAUGAAAUAAAAGGUUGUUUGGAUUUUCUACGUACAGUAUAUAGCAUAUUUGGAUUUUCUUUUAAACUAAACCUUUCUACUCGCCCGGAAAAAUUCCUUGGAGAUAUCGAAGUAUGGGAUCAAGCUGAGAAACAACUUGAAAAUAGUCUGAAUGAAUUUGGUGAAAAGUGGGAGUUAAACUCUGGAGACGGAGCUUUCUAUGGCCCAAAGAUUGACAUACAGAUUAAAGAUGCGAUUGGGCGGUACCACCAGUGUGCAACCAUCCAGCUGGAUUUUCAGUUGCCCAUCAGAUUUAAUCUUACUUAUGUAAGCCAUGAUGGUGAUGAUAAGAAAAGGCCAGUGAUUGUUCAUCGAGCCAUCUUGGGAUCAGUGGAAAGAAUGAUUGCUAUCCUCACAGAAAACUAUGGGGGCAAAUGGCCCUUUUGGCUGUCCCCUCGCCAGGUAAUGGUAGUUCCAGUGGGACCAACCUGUGAUGAAUAUGCCCAAAAGGUACGACAACAAUUCCACGAUGCCAAAUUCAUGGCAGACAUUGAUCUGGAUCCAGGCUGUACAUUGAAUAAAAAGAUUCGAAAUGCACAGUUAGCACAGUAUAACUUCAUUUUAGUUGUUGGUGAAAAAGAGAAAAUCAGUGGCACUGUUAAUAUCCGCACAAGAGACAAUAAGGUCCACGGGGAACGCACCAUUUCUGAAACUAUCGAGCGGCUGCAGCAGCUCAAACAGUCCCGCAGCAAACAGGCAGAAGAAGAAUUUUAAUGAAAAAAUUGCCCAGAUUGGAUCCAUGGAAAAGGAGGAGCAGCGUUUCCAUAAAAUUGACUUUGUACUCUGAAAACGUCAAUUUAUAUUGAACUUGGAGGAGUUUGGCAGAGUCCGAAUAGGUCAACCUGCAGGCGUAACUAUUUUUGACCUAGUCAAUUUUUAAACAAUGUGCAUUUGAAGGAGUUUAUUAAAAGAGAGCCAAUAAAAUGAUUUUACUCAUUCAA